GCUGAACAAGCCUCGCACUGUGAAACUGUGCUACAUGCACACAAUGCAGAGAUCUCCUUGGAAGGUCAGGUGUGCUACUCUCUGCUUCGCACUCUUAUCCAUCACUGGGGUUCAGCUCAAGCCCUUGGGUGACCAGGAGAAAAUGAUUCAGCUUGAAGCGGUGAAGAAGAGCAUUUUGGAUCGUCUGGGCUUGCACAAACCUCCAGUUAUUAGGGAAAAACUGGACAGGGACGAACUGCGCAAAAUGCAUUGGUUAUACCAGGAGAAGUUAAUGGAGCUCAGGGGAAAUUUAACGAAGGAUGGGACUUCAGAAAGGAGAGUACAUCUACUAACACCAAAACUAGAGCGUAGCUCAAAGAAAUGUGACAUGGUGAAAAGCAGCAGUCAUCAUUAUAAUCUGGUCUUCUCUAGAACUCAGACAUUCCAUCAGAAGCUCAAUGUCAUGAGAGCUGAGCUCAAGCUAUGUAAACACAUUUUGGCUGCGUUGCGACCUGCAGCAGCUAACUCAACCUCGAAGCCUAUGGUGAACAUUUACAAAGUUGUAGAAUCAAGGAAUGCCAAUGGAAGGCAAGCGCAUAAAUUACUUGAUUCUAAACCAGUAAACAAAGAUACAUUGACAUUAAACGUGAAUUCUGCUGUGCAGCAGUGGUUGGCAAGUUCAGAGAAAUGCCUCAGGCUGGAGCUGGUCAUCACAGUGGACAUCCCUUCUAUAAAUGAUGGCGGCAGCAAACAAAUAGAAGCAGAUGAUGCCCUCAUAUUAGAAGUGGAAACUCAGGAAAAAACACAUUUUAAAACAAGAAAAAGCAGGUCACUUGCUGCAGAUGAGGACUGCAAAAAGAGUGAGAAGAAGUGCUGUCGUAAGUCCUUACUAGUGUCUUUUGAACAGAUUGGCUGGAGUGAUUGGAUUGUUCAUCCAUCCACCUAUGAAAUGCGGUUUUGUGAUGGAUCCUGCCCACACAACUACAAGCCAGCAAGCAUGCAUGCUCAAAUAAAAUACAGAAUGCAUCACCUAAAUGGAGACACUCCGGCCCCUUGCUGCGUCCCUGGGAGUUAUGAUCCUAUGGUACUUAUGCAUUACAAUGCUGAGCGCAAAUUGGUCUUCACAGUCUUUGAGGACAUGAUUGUAAGAAAAUGUCACUGUGCCUAAAGAAGGAAUGAGUCAAGGUUUUGUUUCUACAUUCAGACAUUCUAACAGUACAACUUAUUUUGUGCCAUAGAGAUUACAUUUUUCGUUAAAGAAGCACUCUGGGCAUUUUUUCUUAAAUAGUGCAGCAUCUGCUGCAUGAUCUUCUGUGUUUUUGAGUCCCAGAACAUUUAUGUAUACGUAAAGGAUAUGACCCAAGCGUAGUCACUACUUAACUACAUUCAGGAAAUUAAAGUCAGUUAGGCCCAUGCCCAUAUGUGCACAUAUACACUGAUAGUUUGCUGACAUACGUGAUGUUAACAAGUCCCUACAUAGAUAGAAUACCGAAGGGGAGGGGGAGUUAGCACCAUAUGGAGUGCUGGAGUGCUUCUUUAAAAUUGAAUCUAAAUAAACUCCCAAUAUUUACAAAUCUUUUUAGUCCAAUGAAAGAAAAGAAUACUGAGAAACUUGACUUGUAAUCUUUUUAGCUUUAGUUUGCACUGUCUAAAUAUUAUUUAGAUUCAAGUCACAUGAAGAAGAAACACUUGUGGGUGGUUUUCUCUUAAUACUUGGUUGACUCUUGUGGCUAUAUUUGAGAUUCAUAAUGUUCAUUAUAUAUAAAUUCAGAUUAGAGCAAUUCCUUACAGGAGCAAUAUACAAAUAGAAGGAGUGAACAUUAUUAUUAUUAUUAUAUUAUUAUUAUUGGUUUUACCCAGCUGAUAACUGAUUGGCUACUCUGAAUUGUCAUAUUAUCAUGAACUACAUACAGGUUUCUUAUAGGCUAUCCUACUCUUAUUAGAAAAACCUAAUCUAAUAUCAGACAACAGUAAGCUUAGAUGGGUUUAAAUCCAACAUGCCUGACCAUUCUGUGCCCCAACAUCUGCCAUCUGGGGAGAGUAAAGGUGAACCAAACAUUAUAGAUAAUCAACUGAUCCUGCUAAAUGAGUUAGUUUGGACAACAUUAGUCCAAUGUGAAAACCCAACUUUCAGCUAAUGUUUUAUCUCUCUUCCCCACUCUGUUGAUAUUAGUACAGUGGUCCCUCAACAUACGAUGGUAAUUUGUUCCAAAUGAGCCAUCGUUUGUCGAAUCCAUCGUAUGUUGAGGGAUCCGUGCAAUGUAAAGUAUAGAAAGCUGUACUCACCUGUCCCCGCCGCUCGCGAUGGUGACCCCGGGCCUCCGCUGGGCUCUCCUGGUCAUCCCCGGUCCUCCGCUGUCUUCUCCGGUCCUCUGCUGUCUUCUCCGGUCCUCUGCUGUCUUCUCCGGUCCUCCGCUGUCUUCCGCAAGGCCUUACUGGGCCUGCGUAGCAAUGUUAUUACGCCGCUGUGUACGCCAUUCCUAUUGGAUGACGUGCGCAGCAGCGUAUUGACGUCAUCGGAGAGGGCCGAGAAGACACCGGAAGACCAGCGCUGGACCCGGAGGGCACCCCGGAGCAUCGUGGAGGGGUAAGUAAUACUUACCGCACCACACGGGGAACAUUAAGCUGCUGUCCGGAAGCAGCUUAAGCAUUUUGCGCUGCUGGAUAGCACUUAAUGCGAUGGCCCCGACAUAAAAAAGCAUCGUAUGUCGAUGCUGACAUCGACAUGCGAUGGCCUCUGAGAGGCCAUCGUAUGUCGAUUUGAUCAUAUGUCGGGGCCAUCGUAGGUCGGGGGGUCAAUUUAAUGUCCUGCUCAGGAUUGGAAUGUAAGAUGGAGUGUAAUUUUUCUUGGCACUAUUGUAAUUUUAUUGCACUAUUACAUAUUUAUUUAUCAUUUUUAUAUGAAUAGAUGGAUGAUCAAAUCAAAACCAGUGGACUGAUUAUAAGUAGUCAAUGGGAUCAGAUUGCGUAGUUUCAUGUGUCUGUUCUAAUUAUUUUAUUAUGUAAAUGUUGGUUGUUUAUUAUGUAAAUGAUGGCUGAGGUGGCAAGUGAUUGGCUAAGUGAUGAUGUAACAUAUUUGCUGCAGCUUCGGGAAACAAAGUUCAGUGGAGAACGGGCACUGUUAUACCGGAGACUGCAGGGGAGCAAGUUAAAUAUAGGAUGUUUUUAAUGUUAUUACACAGCCUAAGCUUUUGCUGGAUAUUCCCUUUAAGUGUCCCUUGUGUUUUCAGCAUGGCAAGAGCCCGACCAGGUAAGUCCAGCCUCCUUAUCACUGCCCCAUGGCUUGUUUUACUAAAAGCCACCAGAGAAAGAGAACAUUGGCUGGAUUUACAUAGGCUCCUGCUGCACUGGGGAAAGACUACCAAGACAUUUCAGUCUCAUUUCCAUAUCAACACAAAACCCUUAUAUCUCAUUGCGGGUCAAUGGAGAUAAAAAUAGUAUGCCCAGAAUUCUAAUAGCUAGCUCAAUCUAGCCAGGGGCUUAUGUGCACCUGUUUUCCUGCUGACAGGUCCACUUUAAUCACCGAAAUGUUUCCUCUUAAUUGUCAAAAACCUUCUUUACAAUAAUUAUGUUAUACUUUAUAAAAAAAAAUAUUUUGCCUUUAUGGCUGUAACUGCAAGUGCAAUGACCAGAGACAUAUUCGGACUUAUUGCAAAUGAACAGAACCGCCAUAGAAUAUAAGUGAAAAAUUGCCAUAGCUAUGCAACAACUGCAAUGACAAGAACUGAACCUUUAUUUACUUAAAUUGAGACCAUACAGUGUUUCCUUCUUAUCCCACUAUUUUGUUCUACUCCAUUUACUGCUUGUGCCCUGAUGAUGCCAUAUUUGUAUCUAAUUUCACCCAACAAUUGGUCGGACAGAUCCUGAGGCAUGAUCCAGCAUGCAGUUUUGCUGAACAGACAAAUGUGAGCUUCUUAUUAUCUCUGCAUGUCUCAGUCAGUUUUCCUGGGGAAUUUACAAUAGGAAGAUGUAGAAAUUGCUGAAUGCAAUGAAUAAGCAAAAAAAAAAAAAAAAACUAUGCAUUCACAGUGUGAGUAAUCCAGACAACAAAUAGAGGCCUAAUAUACUGGUAAAGCUAAUCUUAACAUAUUUUAUGUUAGACUAGCUAUCCCUCUGCUGGAGGCUUCUAUUUAUCUUCUAGCCACCCAGAUUCUGUGGCUGACAGCGUUGCAUCUAUGUCAUUCUAGCUUAUUGCUUUGCUGAUAGCCAAUCUUAUCACUUAUGACUGCUACAUGACUACUGAUUACAAGAUACAUUUGUUAUGGAGCAAAAGGUUUACCCUGGGACUAUGUACUAUCCUUAUUUGAGAAAGAAGACAUUUACUUCUUUAUGCUGUUUUUCAAUUUAAGAAUUUAAGCUUGCCAAUUGCCAUUUAAGUUUAUUUGAUGGUCUAAAUUAUAAUUCCAGUUUCAAGUGGCUGUAGGUUCCAUGUUAUGGCUGCAAGUCCCUAUUGUUUGAUUAUCAUCUGAGUUUGGUUCUGCAGAACAGUGGUGGGAUUUAGGUGUUGUAGCUUUAAUACAAACAUUAAAAUUAGGGUGCAUGGAACUGGCCAAAGGAUGACAAAAAAUUUUGUCUUACUUCAGAUAAGAAAUGUUACUUAGUACUUAUUUAUGAAUGUUUUGUUGUUACUAUUAUUAUUAUUAAUGUUAUUAUUAUUAAUAAUAUUAUUUUAAGUGUAAAUACAUAUUUAUGCAAUGUUAUUUAUUGAUAAUUUAUUGUUUGUUUUUUGUUUUUUACUGAAUGUUGUUUGUAUUUUUUUAAAUUAUACAUACCAAAGUAUAUUUUUUCAUAUCUUUAAACAUGAAGA